UACCAUAGAUACACCAAAAUUAAUGUAGGCCUAAAUGUGAAUCGAAGCAAGAAGUGUACGCGAUUUAUGAGUAGGAAUCAGACACGAAAGGAAAGGAGUUGCUUGUAUAACUGCUUUCAUUGAACAGGGUGAAGGAGAAAGCAAAUAGCUCUACAUAGACCUGCUAAAGGACACACAAAGCCACAGACAUCAUGGAGAAGUCUAGAUUUUCAGAUGGUAGUUUACCAUGUGGGUUAAACUCUAACCCUACCAUGCAAACAAAAGCAGGAGGAGACCAUGUUGUGGACAGCAAGUCUCAAGCAACCACAAACCUUCUAGACAUUGUGCGUCUUAAGGAAGAUAGCUUGAAUAAGAAAGAAAAUAAAGCAGUGAAAGAAGAAGCCAUCCGUAAGUGUCCAUUUGAAGCUUACUUAGAAAAAUGCACACGAUUAGAAAAGGAAAACCUAGAAGUUAAGAAGAAGCUUAAAAAGAUGGAGGCGUAUUCCAGAGAAUGCACAGCAGAGCUGCAGAAAUUUGUUAAGAGAUUUAAAGAGUUCAAAAACAUCAACAAAGACCUGGAUACGAAGAACAAACAGCUUCUCAUUAAAAACCAGCAAAUGAGGCAAAGAAUUACAGAAGUCCUAAAACUGGACAGACCUCAGUCUGAAGAUCUGGAGAGAGUCUCAAACUGUGAAGACCAGGACAAGCAGCAACUAAGAGAGAACUUAACAGAACCAGUGAGGAAAUCUAAUGGAAUGAAACAGGAUUCAGAAAUACCUGAAGAGAGGAAGAUCCUAACUCUACAACAGGAAAACCAGACUCUAAGAGAGAGACUCGACCACAGCAGUCAGGCCUUAAAAGAUGCUCAAAGUAAAGCAGAGAGAGUUCAAGAGGAGCUGGAUGAACUUGAGUGUUGCCUGCUUACCGUACAGACUGAACGGAAUAUACUGCGGCAGGAAAUAAAGAGACUUCAUAAGGAAUAUAUCAGCCUGACUAACAUCAUCUCAAUGCAGCUAAAAGAAAACAACACAGCUGCUGGUCUCAGGGGGCUUCUGGGAAAACCCAGGAGAAGACACAACAUAGCAGAUAAAGGUUCAAUUUGAAGACAUAGAACCAUGAAGAAUGAGGAAAUACAAAGCCAUGGAAAAAAAAAUAUCAGGGAAUGUUACUGAAGCAGGGAAUUUAUAUAUAUGUUAACUUGAAAUAAUAGCCACCAGUAUAAGAAUAAGAGUUAAGAGGCUGUUUUUUUGUUGUUGUUUUAAAUUGUAUUAAAUUAUUUUUAAAAUUUGUGUCAUUAUUAUUCCUUCUAAAAAUUAAUCUGGUGAAAGUUAAUUAUAAUAAUCUGUCAUUAAAUAUUAAAUGUUAUUGUCAUAGUUUGUUUUUGCCAUUUUCUCUCUCUCUCCCACAACUAUUGUUUCUUUUUACCGUUAAAAUCUAAAAAAAUAAAAUAAAAUAAACAUUUUUAAGCUAAAUUAAUUGUUCUGGAAAAAAAUCUACUUACAUUUAAUUACUAAAAUAGCAAAGUAAUACAGUCUGCCACAGUGGGUUAUAUUGUUGUCAUUGUCUUGU